UUCAAACUUAAAUGCUGAACUUCCAUGGACGUUCACAUAAAGAAAAGAAGCUUGCAGUAUACUUAUAGGUGAAAUGAAAAGCAUGUUCAGGAUUUAUGUUUGUUUACAAAAGUCUUUGCAAAUAAACUUCCAGGUGUGGAACAGGAAACAAAACGAGCUCUUCGAGCAAGGAAGUGGACGAGAGCUGGUCCUCGCUGGUGAUGGGCGGUCAGACUCCCCCGGGCACUCAGCGAAAUAUGGAACGUACACCGUCGUCGACGUCUCAACGAAGAAGGUUCUCCAUGUGGAAACAGUUCAAUCCAACGAAACGAAGGGCAGCUGGGCAAUGGAGCUCGAGGGCCUGAAAAGGACUCUACUGAUUUGUGAAGCCAAUGGAUUGACUUUGGGAGGAAUCAUCACUGAUCGCCACUCCAUGAUCAAGUCAUUCCUUGCCAAGUGGUACCCCCAGAUUCAGCACAUGUUCGACUGCUGGUACGUUGCAAAAGGCAUCAAGAAACGCAUGGUCUCAGCUGGGAAACUCAAAUCCCUUGUGGGACUCGAAGACUGGGUGCAGGCAACUGUCAAGCACCUCUAUUGGUGUGCGGAAUCCAGCGAUGGAGCGCCAGAGGAGAUCCUUCUUAAGUGGACUUCCCUGGUGGGACACGUGGCUGACUUGCACGAACAUGCCGACCCCCUGUAUCCAAGGUGCCAGCACGGAGACCUGGGGAAGAAAAAGUGGCUUCCUGAGGGACUUCAGGCACACGAGAAGCUAAAGAGCAUCGUGCUGUCAAAGCCACUGCUGAAGGACAUCCCGCAGCUCUCAACCUCAGCGCAAACCUACGCAACUGAGUGCCUUCACAGCACUGUGAACCAGUUCGCACCGAAGUCGACACACUUCGGUUACGAGAGCAUGCAGGCAAGAGUCUUUGUGGCAGCGCUGCAUUUCAAUGAAAACAGCGACAGGCCACAGGCGACUACUAAGGAAGGCAAAAAAAGGUUCCUGGCCAAGCGGCCUAAACAAACAAAGAGGCCAAUUGCAUCUCCCAUGAAAGGGCCCUGCACGUACGCCUAUGUACAAGAGCUCAUGAAGGAAACCCUCGCCCUCAAUUGCCACUACCCGUCGUACCGAGCUGCACUAAAGGCCAACUGCGUCGAGGCUCCCCCAACUCUGUCCAGUGGAUAUGAACGCCCCAACAAGGACCUGCUCAUCUCUAACCACCGUUUCCGGUUCAACUGCUAA